AUGUCCCGCAAGGCGAGCGAGGACGUGGAGUACACGCUGCGCAGCCUGAGCAGCUUGAUGGGCGAGCGGCGCCGCCGGCAGCCGGAGCCCGGGGCGCCGGGCGGGGAGCGCAGCCUGCUGGCCGCCGAGUCGGCCACCAGCCUGCAGAGCGCGGAGCUGGAGCGCGCCGCACGCCGGCAGUUCCAGCGCGACGAGACCCCCGCCUUCGUCUACGCGGCCGCCGCCUUCUCGGCGCUCGGCGGCUUCCUGUUCGGCUACGACACCGGCGUGGUGUCCGGGGCCAUGCUGCUGCUGCGGCGCCAGAUGCGCCUGGGCGCGAUGUGGCAGGAGCUGCUGGUGUCGGGCGCGGUGGGCGCGGCCGCCGUCGCGGCGCUGGCCGGAGGGGCCCUGAACGGAGCCCUCGGCCGGCGCAGCGCCAUCCUGCUUGCCAGCGCCCUGUGCACCGCGGGCUCUGCCGUGCUGGCCGCCGCCGCCAACAAGGAGACGCUGCUGGCCGGCCGCCUGGUCGUGGGGCUCGGCAUCGGCCUUGCUUCCAUGACAGUGCCCGUGUACAUCGCCGAGGUUUCUCCACCCAACUUGCGAGGUCGACUGGUCACCAUCAAUACCCUCUUCAUCACAGGGGGACAGUUUUUCGCAAGUGUUGUCGAUGGAGCCUUCAGUUAUCUUCAGAAGGAUGGAUGGAGGUACAUGUUGGGACUUGCAGCAAUUCCAGCUGUUAUACAGUUUCUUGGAUUUCUCUUUUUGCCCGAAAGCCCUCGGUGGCUCAUUCAGAAAGGACAGACUCAGAAGGCCCGCAGAAUUUUGUCUCAGAUGCGUGGUAAUCAGACUAUUGAUGAGGAGUAUGACAGCAUCAGAAACAGCAUCGAGGAGGAGGAAAAAGAAGUUGGCGCAGCUGGACCUGUAAUCUGCAGAAUGCUGAGUUACGCCCCUACUCGCCGGGCAUUAUUUGUGGGAUGUGGUUUACAGAUGUUCCAGCAGCUCUCGGGCAUCAACACCAUCAUGUACUACAGUGCAACCAUCCUGCAGAUGUCUGGCGUGGAAGAUGACAGGCUUGCAAUAUGGCUGGCUUCCGUGACAGCGUUCACCAACUUCAUUUUCACACUAGUGGGAGUCUGGCUCGUUGAGAAAGUGGGUCGCAGGAAGCUUACCUUUGGCAGUUUGGCAGGUACUACCGUGGCACUUAUUAUUCUUGCCUUGGGAUUUCUGCUCUCAGCCCAGGUUUCCCCACGGGUCACUUUCAAACCAGUAGCUCCUUCAGGUCAAAACGUCACCUGCACGGGAUACAGUUACUGUAACGAGUGUAUGCUGGAUCCAGACUGCGGUUUCUGCUAUAAGAUGAACAAUUCAGCUGUCAUCGAUUCCUCCUGUGUUCCAGUUAAUAAAGCUUCUACAAACGAGGCAGCCUGGGGCAGGUGUGACAACGAAACCAGGUUCAAAACAGAAGAUGUGCAUUGGGCCUACAGCUUCUGCCCCACCCCGUACUCCUGGACGGCGCUCCUGGGCCUGGUCUUGUAUCUCAUCUUCUUUGCACCUGGAAUGGGACCAAUGCCCUGGACGGUGAACUCUGAAAUCUAUCCUCUCUGGGCAAGAAGUACAGGAAAUGCAUGCUCAGCCGGAAUAAACUGGAUUUUCAACGUCCUGGUUUCAUUGACCUUUUUACACACUGCAGAAUAUCUUACAUACUAUGGAGCGUUCUUCCUCUAUGCUGGAUUUGCGGCGGUAGGACUGCUCUUCGUCUACGGCUGCCUUCCUGAAACCAAAGGGAAAAAAUUAGAGGAAAUUGAGUCGCUCUUUGACAACAGGCUGUGUCCGUGCGGCGCUUCUGACUCUGACGAAGGCAGAUACAUUGAAUACAUUCGGGUCAAGGGGAGCAACUACCAUCUCUCAGACAACGACGCUUCUGAUGUGGAGUAAUUUUCUGCCGAUGACAUUUUAGUCACUGAAUCGAGUGUGGGGAGAAGGCCAGCGCUCAUACACUGCCCUGCUCACAAGCUGAGUCUCCCCCACAGUCCUUCCGAAGGACUCCAUAUUCUAGAAGACUUGAUGAG